AACAAUAGAAAUUUAGCACGCUAUCCAGUAAAUGGGAAAAGUGUGUAAGGAACGGUAAUUUCACACCACAAGCCUGCGUGCAUUUUAAAUAUGCAAAAUGUCCAGCAUCCUGUGGACGAGGUACGGAGGUCCUUCGGGUCAGAACUGAACAGAAAUUAAUCCCGUUCCAAUACUCAUGGGACACCGGGAGAUGACUUGAGCGACUCUGACCACUGCCGCCGUGAGCGCCACAUGCCCGUGUGUGUGUGUGUGUGUGUGUGUGUGUGUGUGUGUGUGUGUGCGCGCGCGCGUGUGUCAGUGUGUGUGAAAGCCACCACUAGUCGCCCCCAGUGCUCUUCAGUCUCCACUCUCCCUUCUCACCGCAGAUUGAACGUCACGUCCGCACUUGAACUUGAGUUUUCUCCCAUUGUAGAAGCCAGAGAGCCGCACAGAGCCGCACAGAGCCGCACACAGUCCGGGGAUGCGGGACUCUGCAGACAGCACAAACAGAAAGGAGGGUGGCAGUCUGUCCUCAAACCAGCACUGGGCUUUGACUUAAACAGUUAAAGUCUAACCUGCCCGCCUAACUGGCACUGCCAGUGCAACACAAGAAGUGCCCACCACUUAGCGACACACCGAGAAGUACCGAGAAGGAAAUUGGAUUCCUAUUUCACACACUUUCAGACGUUAAUUGGCGUCAUUUCACCUGCGUUCUCCGGACAGGGACGUGCGGUGUCCAGGGUGGCUGGAGAGUGGACACAGGUAGUGACUGUCCAUCAGGAGGUGAACGCCGACCUCUCGCAUCUUGCCGCGUCGCUCCUCCACUCCACUGCACUCCACUCCGUUCUCCGCUGUCCUCUGACAGAUGGUGUGAAAGGCAGAGCCGGACUAACCUCCUCCCUCAUCACCAGAAGGGAGGCGCGCAACCGCUUUGGCACCGAACUCCGACCGACCGACCGACCGCCCGGCCGCCCAGCGCUGCGCCUGGUCGGUCACCGCAGAGCACAGGAGCCGCUGUUCGCUGGAGGGAGAUCCAUUGCACAGGGGUCAGUUCGAGGGCCACACCUGGGGCCGGUGCAGAGCGGUCAGUUUGGGGUGGCAGGCGUGCGGUCGGUUUUGGGGGCAGUUUGCGGCCGGUAUACAGGAGCAGCAGGAGAGCCGACCCUUCCAACACCGCUCUCCGGGCAAUGCCAGUGUAAAUGCCACGGCGAUGUCCCGACGCAAGCAAGGGAACCCACAGCACCUGUCCCAGAGAGAAAUAACAUCGGAGGUUGAGCAUCCAGAUGGCAGUCUGCUCUCCGACUCUCUAUCCCUACACCCACUCCGCCUGCCCUCUCACCCACUUGGCCUACCUCCCCACUCGUUGGACCCUAGUCUGGCCCAUGCCCUACCACCCGGCCUCCACGCAGACCACGACCUGCUGACCUGUGGCCAGUGCCAGAUGACCUUCCCGCUGGGCGACAUCCUCCUCUUCAUUGAGCACAAAAAGAAGCAGUGCCAAACACCGUUGCUGGCCAAUGGCUGCUACGAUAAGAUGACUGAUAGGGGAGGAGGAGGAGGAGGAGGGGGGGGGGGGCCAACUCCACAGAGCCUUCAUCAGCACACACAGCGUGGGGAACUGAGGAAAGUGGUUGAGCCUGUGGAAAUCGGCAUCCAGGUGACACCGGAGGAGGAAGAGGAGGCAGGAAGAGGUGAGAGGGGAGAGAGGACACCCAUCAAAGGAAUUUGCCCCAAGCAGGAGAACACACCAGCAGGUGGCAGGGAUGAGCCUUCCAGUUAUAUAUGUACCUCAUGUAAGCAGCCCUUCCCCAGCGCCUGGUUCCUGCUGCAGCAUGCCCAGAACACCCAUGGCAUUCGCAUAUACCUGGAGUCCAACCCCUCCAGCACAGCCCUCACCCCACGCAUCACUAUGCCUCCACCUAUGGGCAAUGACUCCAUCCCGCAGUCCCCCCUCACCAACUUUCUUGGGGACAACAACCCCUUCCACCUGCUGAGGAUGGCGGGCCCCCUGCUCCGGGAGCCUCCCCCAGGCUUUAUAGAGAACCGCCUCCCCAACACACCUCCAUUUGUCAGCCCGCCUCCCCGUCACCACCUCGACCCCCAUCGGCUGGAACGUCUUAGCGCAGAGGAAAUGGGCCUCAUCUCACAGCACCCCAGUGCCUUUGAGAGAGUGAUGCGGCUAACGCCCAUGGCCAUGGAGUCCCAGUCAAUGGACUUCUCCAGGCGGUUACGUGAGUUGGCAGGGAACAACAACAGCACCACACCACCACUGUCACCCAGCAGGGCCAAUCCUAUGCACCGACUGCUUAACCCCAACCCCUUCCAGCCCGGUCCAAAAUCACCCUUUCUGAGUACCCCCCCCUUACCGCCGAUGCCACCAAACAGCACCACCCCUCCUCAGACACAGAAUAAGGUCAAAUCCUGUGAGUUCUGUGGUAAAACCUUUAAAUUCCAGAGCAACUUGGUGGUGCAUCGGCGCAGCCAUACUGGAGAAAAACCAUACAAGUGCCAGCUGUGUGACCAUGCUUGCUCUCAGGCAAGUAAGCUGAAGCGCCACAUGAAGACCCACAUGCACAAGGCUGGAUCCCUGACAGGGCGCUCAGAUGACGGACUGUCCACCACAAGCUCCCCAGAGCCAGGCACCAGUGAUGGCACAGGUGAAGGCAUGAAGAAUCGUGAUGGGGACUUCCAGGGGGAAGGCAAUGAGGAGGAAGAUGAAGAGGAGGAAGAAGAGGAACUGGAGAAUGAGAGUCGACCAGAAUCCAACUUCAGCAUGGAGUCUGAGUUCUACCGUAACAGGGAAAAUGGUUCUAAACCACCCUCAGAGGAGAAGUCGUCAAUAACUCUUGAGAAGAUGGUUGAAGGUGGGGGGCUCAACUCUAUACAGCAGUACAAUAAUUUGAUAGUUGACAAUCGUAAAAGGAUGCCCUUCUCCAAGAGGGGCUCGGAAGGCCAGCGGGACACUGGUGAUGAGGAUUCAGUGGCUGGGGAGAUGGACCACCACCAGCAGGAAGAGAGGACAACCAUUAACGGCCGGAACUGUGGCUCGGGCGACUCUUUCUCAGGCCUGUUUCCCCGUAAGCCAACCCCUAUCACCAGCCCCAGCCUGUCCAACUCCUCAAAUAAACGCAUCAAGAUUGAAAAGGACUUGGACAUUCCAGCACCCCACAUUCCCUCUGAGAAUGUCUACUCUCAGUGGUUGGUGGGCUAUGCUGCGUCCCGCCACUUCAUCAAAGACCCUUUCCUAGGCUUCACUGACUCCAGACAAUCUCCCUUCGCAACCUCCUCUGAGCACUCAUCCGAGAAUGGCAGCCUAAGGUUCUCAACACCUCCGGGUGACCUGCUGGAUGGAGGCCUGUCAGGCCGCAGCGGCACCGCAAGUGGAGGCAGCACGCCUCAUCUGGGUGGAGGCCCAGGUCGGCCUAGCUCCAAGGAUGGCAGAAGGUGUGACACCUGUGAAUACUGCGGCAAGGUAUUCAAGAACUGUAGCAACCUGACAGUGCACCGGCGCAGUCACACUGGUGAGAGGCCCUACAAGUGUGAGCUGUGCAACUAUGCCUGCGCCCAGAGCUCCAAGCUCACGCGCCACAUGAAGACACAUGGCCAGCUUGGUAAGGAGGUCUACCGCUGUGACAUUUGCCAAAUGCCCUUCAGCGUGUACAGCACUCUGGAGAAACACAUGAAAAAGUGGCAUGGAGAACAUUUGAUGACCAAUGAGGUCAAAAUUGAACAAGCAGAGAGAAGCUAAACCAGGUUCUCUGUUCCCAAACUCUGCAACACACUUUGACUUAAAAAAUAAACAAAAUGGGGUAGCUGGAUACUCUUUUUCUGAAAUGUUAAUUUUGGGUUAUAUUAGUGUUUUUAAGAAACUGCCAACUGAGGAAAAAAAGUGAAAACAUUGAUCCUAACACCAAUUGAAGCUGUCUAAACUGCCUCAUUUGGGGUUCCUUUUUAAACAAUCAGCCAGUUGAGUUAUGACAUAUGUGGAGCCUUUAACUGUGCAAUAAUUUCUCUAUUUAUUGUAUUUUGUAUUUUGGCAUGUGCAGGUACAUUAUUAUUUAGGCUUUUUUUAAAAAAUUGUUUUACUUUAAAUUUGCGUUUUAAGCUGUUUUUUUUUUUUUUUUUUGAAAAACCCACAUGAUAUCCUGAGAGUUUUUUUAGAAGGCAAAAGUCCAUUUUAAGAAAUCUUUUUUGGCCGCUGCUUGUAGGAAAUUGUAUAUUAAGCUAAAUGUGUGAUUUCUUGAAGAGAAGCUGAAUUCAAUCUUCAAUUUGAAACUGAGAAUGCUAGAAUUAGUCUAUUUUGUGUGAUGAUGAUACGCGGACAACAAUCCUUUGGCAUUGUAGCAUGAACUAAGUUUAAAACAUGUCAAUAUAAUUGAAUAUGUAGCACUGAGCGUCAUAUUUGACAGUAAAUCCAAAAUCUAGGAGGAUCCCAAGGUUCAAAAACCCUGUCUCCUCCUGAAUCCAUCAUUCCAGUCAGAAGAAACAGAUUUUAGAUAAGGCAGCUGCUGACUGGUUUGUACCAAGCCCUGACUACGCUACGACAACCAUCCCUCAUUUACUAUCCCCCAUCCCCAUCUUACCUACAUUCAUACUUCCAUGUAUUAUAUUUUUGCAUGCAGCCAUAUGAUCUAGGCUAUAUUAUUUAUUUGGAGUCAACUGAGCAUGAAGCCAUGCAAUAUGAGUAUACGUAAAGAUAAAUAGAAGAAUGAGAAAGAGUUAGCACAGGGGCAUCUCAGGGUAAACUGUACUGCUUUUUUGAUUUACCCAUUAAUUCAUUUGCCUCCAGAAGCUUUUCCAUUUUAUCAGGUUUAAAUAAUUAGGGACAGUUGUGUCCUCUACAGCAUCCUGUGCUGCCCUCUGUCCCCCCCAACCCAGUCUCACUCUGAAGUUGUCAAAUACCGGUGCUUGGUCAGUGACUUCUGGUGUCAGACAUGGACUAAAAAAAGCCAUCAUUUCACAUUGGCAUGAUAUGCGGCUGGUCGCUGUUAUUGUUAAAUGGUGCCUGGCGGAGUCGGGGAAAAUGUGGCAGGACAGCAAUGAAAGUUAAGGCAGCAGAAGUCCAAGUAGGGCGGGUGGUAGGUGUGGUAGAUGGGUCCAACAACCACUGACUUUCACCCGGGAGGCCGGUGUUCGCUUCCCGUAAGACUGAAAAGUCAAACCAUGUUCCUUUUUCCUAAACCCAACCAAGUGUGUGUUGGCUUAAUGUAAUCAUGUGCAUUUGUUUAAAAAACAACAACAACAUUAAUUUCAGGUGUUGUACCAACGUAGUGCGUUCAUUUUGAAAGAGACUGUAUGCAAACUGUUCAUUUCCUGUGAAAAUGGAAGUGUAUUUUAAAAACAGACAACGCAUGUAACAUGCAAGAUUUUGACCUGACAUCCCAGAAAGUCAACAACCAAUGCACCUAUGGUACCUUGCACGUCAUAUGUCGAUGUGGAAAGUCCGUGGCCAUACGUUGAUAUGUGACGAGGUUGGAAUGAGAAUGUGUUGGUCCCCCCUACCAAGCUCAUGCCCAAACUUUAUCUUCAUUUCAAAGUGAUUAGACUUGUUUAUAUUUGAAUUAAAAUGAUCACAUCAUUUAGUUUAGAGAGGGUUAAAUGUAUAUGCAUACAUAGCAGAACUAGAUUUCGGAGGAAAAUUUAUAAUUCUCAGAUUUUAUUGUUGAGAUUUAUAAUAAUCAACAUCCCUAUGCAUUUUUCAGGCUAAAAUAUCUUACAAUUUGUUCAAAAGUGAUACAGUAAAUUUAAAUUGUAUUGUUAUAAUGAUUCUAUAAUUGUAUCAUCUGAUUCCUGAAGUCACCUCAACAGGAAUAGAGAUCCCUCAAAGUUUCACCAUCAGUUGUGGGACAGUUUUAUGUGGAAGAGGAAAUAUAUAUAUAUCAGUGUGUGCUGAAGUAGUACGACUAAUAGUUACAAAAGCAGCAUCAGUUCACUCCAUGCCCCUUCCUUCUUUUAAAUCCAGGGUUCCCACGGUCAUGGAAAACCUAGAAAAGUCAUGGAAUUUCACAAUUAUGUUUUCCAGUCAUUGAAAAAGGCAUUAAAGUCGUCAUUGGAAAAGUUAUGGAAUUUCAUUGUGUAUAAUGAAAAUGUUACAAUAAUCUUUUGUGGAUAUACUACCUCCAUACAAUGUAACAUUAACUUAACAUAGUUUGUUUUGUUUACCAUCUUGUACGUUUCAUCAUCUUUGCCUUGGGUUCCUCUCUCCCUCCACUUAUGCCAGUUUGCUAACAUUAUGUUUGAAUAAGGUUCAAAUCGAUAUGUUUGAAAAACACCAGACAAGUGAGGCAAGUAAAAAAACAACAACUUUAUUAUGGGUUCUUGAAACGUCAUGGAAAAGUCUGGAAAGUUUGUCAAUUGAAAAUAUGUGGGAACCCUGUAAAUAUCAUAAUCCCUGUUUUCAUUAGGCCCCACCCACCUUUAGAGUGGCACUUUUUUCUUUUGAAAUCAGAUCAGAUUUGGAUGCUGUCAAUGUAUAAAUUCAGAGCUCUGAACAACAGACCCGCACACACACACACACACACACAUACACACACACACACACACACACACACACACACACACACACACACACACACACAGAGCUGGACAAAAAAGGUACUAUAGGGUCUAGAGCUUGGGAUCUCCUGACGCUGAAGUGCCCAGGGUUAUUAGGCUAGGCUUUCCCAAUGCUGGCACUAUAAACUGAAAAAUAUUGAAAAAUUAUAUUUAUUUGUGACAGUUUUUGUACUGCCAUUCAAUUUGACAUGAGUGUGCCUUGAAUAAUGAUCUUCCUAUUUAAUGUCUCAGACAAAUGCAACUCUUUUUAUGAAGGAUCAAAUUGAACAAGAAAAAAAUGUAAAAUUCCUUGCUGAGGCUGCUGCCCCCGCGACCCGGACCUGGAUAAGCGGAGGACGACGACGACGAAAAAUGUAAAAUUGUGUUAUCUUAAACUUGAAAUUUGACAUUUCAACAGAACUAUAUAAAUCAGUACAAAUGAAACAAUGCUGAGUUUAGGUUUAGGAGUACCCAGCACAAUAUCAGUGUGUCUGUGUGUGUAUAUAUGUAUGCAUAUGUACAUAUAAAGGCACAAACCUAUAUAUAGAUAUAUAUCAAAUUCCAUUCAUGAGGACAAGAGUCUGUCCCACAACAGAAAAUUUCAGGAGUGGACAAAGCCACACAAAUAGUCAAGGAAGAGACUCAACAAAAAUCAGGAAAUGCAGAAACUAAAAAAGAAUUUAGUGCACUCUGUCUUAAAAUAAGUUUACAGUAUUGAAACAAGUACAAGGGUAAAAUAAUAUUUGUGUGUAUGUGUGUUUUAAACAAACGAGUAUUUUUUUUUCCAGGUUUGCUUCUAAAGUUUCUCUGAAUGCCGUAGUGGCAAUGUGUAUAUUGGUUUUUUUUUUUGUUUUUUUUCUUCUUCUGUUUUUUUGGUGACGGGGUUUUAGUAAAUAUAUAAAUAUACAUGAAUAUAUAUUACAUUUUUCUUGUUUACUGUAAAAGUAUACCAGUAUUUGUAAUAUUGGAAAAUGCCUGGGCAUUUUACAAAAAUAGAAAAAAGAUUGUUUUUUAUUUUUUAUUUUGCAGUCCAAUUUAAAUUGUGGGUCUCUUAAACUGUUUUUGUCACUGUAACUGUAAAAGUCUUGAGUUUUAGUAACUUUUAUUCUGCCUUGGGUGUAAUGAAAUAAAAAAUAAACAAAUUAAAAAAUGACUGAGCUGUAACAAACUUGGAUUUGGUGGUGGGAUGGCUGUUGGGGUUGGGGUAGGGUUGGGUGGAUGAGUUUUCUCCCGUAGAAAUGACAGGACAUUAGUUCUGCUUUUCAAGAAAAACACACUGAGAAUCCUGACUUUUAUCUAUUUUUCUUCUUCUGGAAUCGAUUAUUCUUUAUGGAUGUUUUGAAAUACAUCUGUAGGCACUUACUGUCUUUUCUAAGGAGCUUGUCUUUUUUAACUUCUGGGCUAUGUGCAUCCUUUUGUGAAUAGAGUACUCUGAGUACCUCGGGACAUCUUGCUCUUAUAUCAGGUGCAGGGGGGAGGGUGACAUCAUGUCAGUGACAAGAUACAACUCACAGGAUGUCACAAGCUAUUUGCCCUCUCACUGGGCAGGAGACAUAACCUGAUGAAUUUGUACUGUUGUAAUGAGUCACAUUGUACAGAAGGGGAUCAAAAGGUUGUGUGAUGACCUUUCAAUGACAAAAACACAAGUCAGUGUUUUUUUUUUGCCACUCCAUUGGUUGUACAUAGUUUUCUAUGAAUACACUGUUUUCAUUUUGUUGACAGUUUCUUUUUUUUCUUUUUGUUUGUUUGUGAUUUUUAUCUGGCACUGGUGGCAACCUUCUGUGUCCUGGGGGGGGGGGGGGGCAGACCUCCAUGUCAGUUUUCAAGCGCAUGCCUCCUCCCUUGAUAAUUCUCGGCAUGAGAACAGAGCACAAAUACAAGCUGUUACAACUGAACAGAGAGGGACCGUGGAAACACACUGAUGGACAUUAAUGUGAAAUAUUGUUCACAAACUUUGAAUUUCUGCUUUAUGCAUAUUUUAGUAGAAUCCUGAAAACAUAUUAACUCCAAACACAUUUACUCCUGCUGACACUGACCACAAACCCCACUAUCAUAUGAACAACUGCAAAUCAAAGAAGAAAACAAACUGACCAUAUUCCAUUCUUUUAGUGCUUUAAAAAAAAAUGUAUAGAGGAUGGGUGGUGCUUCAACAAAACCCUGAAAGCUACUGAAGUUCCCACCAGCAGCACCUCUCUAAAAGAAGCAGGUUUGCAUCUCUACUGUCAGCCACUUCCUGAUAGUUAAUUUUAACCUGAUUUUAUUGGCUUUCCCAUGAGGUCCUCCAGUCAAAAUCAAAUUGAGUCUACUUUCCAUAUUAUCAACUAACUUUAGAUUUUCAUGUUUGUAUAAAAAAAAAACAAAAAAAAAAAACAGC